AUGAAAGCGUUCCGAUUUGAAACCGUCGAUCAAGGCCUAUGCUUGCAACAAGUGCCCCCUCCGAGUCCCUCACCCGGAGAGGUGGUAGUCCGUGUUGAGGCCGCCGGUAUCUGUCACUCUGAUUUGCAUGUACUACACGGUCAGGGAAGUGGCUGGAUGUCUAAGUUGCCAAUCACACUCGGACAUGAGGUUGCGGGUAUAGUGGAAGAGGUUGGACCGGAUGUGGUCGGGUUCAAGAUCGGUGAUCGAGUUGGGGUGGCUCUUCUUCCUAAAGAUGCCGAUUUGACAAAUGUCAUUGGUAUUGGUAGAGACGGCGGGUUUGCAGAAAAGGUCUUAGUACCCGCUACAGUCCUAGUACCGCUUCCUGAGAAAGUCGGCUUUGCUGAGGCUACUGUCGCGAAUGACUCCAUUUCAACUGCCUACCACGCUGUCAUCACGGAAGCGGCUAUAACUGGAUCUACAACGGUGGCGAUUGUCGGACUCGGAGGGCUAGGACUGAGUGGGGUCCGCAUAGCUUCAAUCGAAGGCGCUACAGUAUUGGGUGUGGAUAUCGAUGACAAAAAGUUUGCUGAUGCUACUGCCUUUGGCGCAAAAGCAUGCUUCAAGAAACUCGACGAUAUCCCUUCUGAAGUCAUCAUAGAUGUUGAUGCUUUGCGAAGAGUCCGAUCAUCUGGGAUGGUAGUAUUAGUUGGAGUCGGGGUGCCAACCUUCGAAUUAUCUACCAAUACCUUGAUGUCGCGCAAUCUCACCCUUCGUGAAUCGGUAGGGUCUACAAUGGCUGAAUAUCGCAAGGUACUAGAUUUGAUUGCUUCUGGGCUAAUCAAGCCCAAGUUGGAGGAGAUUCCUUUCCUUGAAAUACCUAAUGGUCUUCGGAGGCUUGAGCGCCUUGAAGUAGUUGGUCGACUUUUUUCAAGACCAAACGCAUAA